UUUUUAAAAAUAUUUAAUAAUGAAUACAUUAUUAGUGAUUUAUCGAAACAUAUUAUUUGGUGUUUGUUAAACAUAUUUUUUGAACAUAAAUAAAACUAAUGUGCAUUAACUUAUAAUUUAAAAAAAAUGCUCAAAACAAAAUAGUUAUACACUAAUUACCAAUGAAGAAGAAAGCACCAAAGAUAAAAGGAAAGUAUUCAACUACUUGUAGCACUUGAUAAAAGUUGACAUGUAUCAGUGACAGUAACACGUGUGAGUAAUUGCGGGGUUUUGCACCGAAGUACAUAAUAUUUGUCAAGGACAGUAGGAUGUUGACGGAUAACUUGAGUUGAAGCCCUUAACAAGCAAAAGGAAAAUGAAACAAACAACAAUAAAUGUUAAAAAUUGUUUAUGUGUCGUAGCAAAAAGAAAUUUUAAGUGUUUUAAUUUGUGAAAGAUCUUCCAUUAUAAGGAAUUAGAAAGUUUUUAAAAUGUGUAGACAAGCAGCUGUUUUAUUCGUCCUGUGUUGGACAACCAAUUUCGUUUUUUCUAAAAGUGAGUCGAACAUUCAAAAGGUGAAUAACAGGAAGAUAACAGAUUUGAACGCUAAUGUGUCAAAUCUUAACGAAAAUCAGAAAGUUUAUCGGACAAAUGUGUUAUCCAAUGGAAAUCAUAGUAUGAAAAGUGAUUACGAAAGAAAUGACAAACAUCUUUUACUAUUUAGUAAAAAUAAUCCUGAAUUGGAUUGGAAAACGGCCGUAAAAAUGUUUACUAGUAAUUUUGAAAAAGAAGAGGAUAUUGAUAUUGAUUUUAUGACUCAGGAUUUAGGAAAAACAUUGAACAGUAUUCAGUGGCUUAUAGAUCUUUAUGAUCCACUACGGUGGCGUAAAAUACCGGGAAAUGCGGACGAAAGUUGUAAAGAAGACAUGGAAUUGUUUCUAGACUCAUUAAAAAAAGGAAAUAUUUGGGCUGCAAAGAUGUUGGAUGCUAGUGGAAGAUACACCUCGCAGUUCUACUUUGGAAAUGGAUAUUGGCUCGGUUCUAGAAUUCAAUGUACAGAACUAAAUAAUACUAGGGCAGACGCUAUUAAUCUUACAAAUGAAGUACCUCCAUUUUCAGUCAAAUUUUAUGUAGCAAGAAUGUUCUUACAAAUGCCAAAGCAGUUUGCAGUAAGGGAAAGACAGGUAUUUUUGGGACUGUGUUUACCAUCAUCGUGUAAUGUAACUUCUGUUACGUCAAUAAUGAACACAAUUGCACAUAAAGUAGAAAGUGAAGGAAAUAUCAAUCAAACAAGUGGGCCAAAGAUUUUAAUUUACGCUGUUAAGCCAGUACCUUCAACUGACUAUAAUUUAUUGAAAGACAACAAAUUUUUUAUUCUUGUAGGCGUUGGGACAGUAAUAAUAAUACUUAUGAUAUGCUCAGCACUUUGUGAAUAUGGUCAUAGUUCCAAUAUUGUUGAUCCUGAAUUAUCUAAUACUUCCACCAAUAAUCUGAGAAAUUGUAUGUACAUGGAAAAUUUGCCUAAGGACCACAAGAUAUACAUUGAAGACCGUUGUAACAAACAAAUGUUUAAUAAAAUUUCAAAUCAUAAUGAAAGUGAUGUACGUUCAGCAGUAAUAAAAAAUCAAGAUUUGUGGUACAGAUGUUUGCUAGCAUUCAAUCCAAUUACCAAUGGAAGUAAAAUAAUAAAUACUGAUCCUCCUGCAAGAGAUAACUUGAAUUGUAUUCAUGGACUUAGGGUCUUCUCCUUGGGUUGGGUUGUUCUUGUUCAUACGUAUCUUCAAGUCUUUUCUAUCGCCGACAACAAAACUUUGAGGACUGUAACUGAAAGAAACGUUAUGUUUCAGACUGUAAGCAAUGCUACAUUUUCCGUCGACACAUUUUUCUUCAUCAGUGGUUUAUUGGUUGCCAUACUGUUUUUUCGGUCGAGGAGCAAUGUCAAAAGUGAAAACAAAAGUUUUCUUACAACAUGCUUAUCCAAGUUUUUAAUUAUGAUAGUUUAUCGCUUUUUCCGAUUGACUCCAGCUUAUCUUUUCGUCCUCGGAAUGAAUGAGAUUGCCAUAAAACAUGCUUUAUCUAAAACCGUCUUCUCACCUGGUAUCGCCGAUCAUUUAACUUGUGAACAGUUCUGGUGGAGAAAUGCCUUAUAUAUAAAUUCGCUAUUUCCUCGAACAGAAAUGUGCAUGCUGUGGAGCUGGUAUAUGGCAAAUGAUACUCAGUUUUAUGUACUUGGAAUUCUACUACUGCUGCUUUCUGUCAGGUUUCUGAAGAUGGUGGCUCUUAUAGUUUUUUGUUUGAUUGUUUCUUCUUGGUUUACAACAUUUUCCAUUGCUUAUAGCAAUGACUACAUUGCUAGAAUUCAAGAACCAUUUGCACUGUUUGAUGAGUUAUAUGACAAACCAUGGCUACGAGCAGGGCCAUACUUUAUUGGUACAAUAACUGGUUACAUACUCUUUAAGAGCAAAUGCAAGAUUUUCAUUCCAAAUUACCUGAAAGUUCUUUGUUGGAUUUUGUCUACAUCAAUAAUGCUCUCUGUGGUUUACGGUCUUUACGCCGGGAAUUUAAGCAUUCUUACAAGUUCCAUAUACGCAUCAUUGAGUCAUACAGCAUGGGCAAUGGCUGUCGCUUUUAUUGUUAUACAAUGUUGUACAGGAUCAGCUCAAGUAAUUGAUAGUCUUCUGUCCAUACGGCUGAUGCAUCCUCUUUCAAGGUUAACAUACUGCGCAUACUUGGUCCAUCCUGUGAUUAUGAUGAUUACUAGUACGCAAUUGGAUGGUCCUUUUCAUUUACACAAUGGCCUAGUGAUAAUUAUAUAUUUGGGAAAUCUAGUGGCUUCAUACCUACUGUCAUUUUGUGUAUCGAUUGCUCUCGAAGCACCACUUGUCAAUUUGUUAAAGAUUAUUUUCACAUCAAAGAAAAGAAUAAAAUAGAUGGAUUCUGCAGUGAUACUACAUAUGAAGUCCCAAGGGUUCAUAAGUUGGCACAGAAGAAAAAGAUGGCAUAACCCCAAGAAUUGUAAGAGUGGAACAGGGUUGAAAUGAAAUUUCGAUGCCCAAAACAUACCGAGGAUUCGCCUUGACUACAACCUUCUCUGUCGGAUACUUUCUUAAUUUUGGAAAAUAAAAAAGAGUUUUUUUUAUUUAAUAUUUUACAGUAUCUGCUGCUUGUUCAUAUAAUAAAUAUUGUAUAUAAAUUUUAAAAAAUAAUUAU